AAUUUUUUAUAUUCAGCACCGCCAUUUUGAAAGUGUAGAAAAUUUUUAUUUCCAAUCCAACUCGAAGAAGAAGUCUGUUGCAAUUUUUUAUCAAAAUAUUUUCCCCCAAUAAAUCAUUAUAAUUCAAACAAAAAACAAGUUCAAAUUCAUCACCAAACAAUUCUGCAUGUAUAAAUUAUUAAUUUACAACCAAAUACUCAAAGAAAGUGUAUUAAUCGUGCAAAUAUUAAAACGAAAAUUCAUCACUACUCCAUUUGGGCGCCAAUUAUACUAGAAAAAAAAAAAUUAUAAAAAAUUGUGUCCCAAUUCAAGAGCAUUAACCCUUUCUUCACAAACACAAAAAAAGUCAAAACUUGAUGAACAUUUUUAUAAAUCAAGGGUCUUCAAUAAGACCCAAGCAAUGCAGAUAAUCAGUGAGCUAAAAAAUAAAUUUAAUUUUUUCUCAUAUAAUUUAUUUUUACAACAAAAAAACAACAAACAUCACGACGACGACAAUUCAAUUAGAAAAAGCCAAGUCGUUGUCGCCUUCAUCUUCCAUCAGCCAUCAAAAAAGAAGAGAAAAUUUAAAAAUAUGUAAUUUGUAAAAAAAAAUAUAUAUUUUGUUGAGAAAAUAAGAGCAAAAAAAAACAAUUUUUAUUCGAGUUUGUUUUUAUUUAUUUUUAAAAUAUAUAAAUUUUAAAUUAUUUGUAAGAAAAUUGUCGCAGUAAAGAUAAGAAAAAGAAAGCACAAUGUUUUAUGCUCAUAUUGUGUUGGCUAAAAAAGGGCCGUUAGCCAGAAUUUGGUUGGCGGCCCAUUGGGACAAGAAACUCACGAAAGCUCAUGUCUUCGAGACGAAUAUUGAACAGUCGGUGGAUGGUAUUAUGCAGCCGAAAGUCAAGUUGGCGCUACGGACAUCGGGUCAUUUGCUGUUGGGUGUUGUGCGCAUUUAUUCGCGCAAAGCCAAGUACCUGCUGGCGGAUUGCAAUGAAGCGUUCGUCAAAAUUAAGAUGGCAUUCCGCCCUGGUAUGGUGGAUUUGCCUGAAGGACAUCGCGAGGCAGCUGUUAAUGCAAUUACCUUGCCCGAAGUGUUUCAUGAUUUCGAUACAGCUCUGCCAGAACUUAAUGACAUUGAUAUUGAGGCCCAAUUCUCGAUCAACCAAUCGCGAGCCGAUGAGAUUACCAUGCGAGAAGAUUACGGUAGCAUGUCAAUGUCUAUGCAUGAUGAUGGCUUUGGUGAUAUGGGUUUUGAUGCUGAUACUCCGGAUCUUGUGCGUGAUGGAAUGGAUCCAAAUAUCGAUGAGCACUUAUUUGCUGAAGAACUUGGAAAAGACAUUGACCAAACUAAAGAAACAAUGCCUGGAUCUUCGCGUGAUAUCGUUGACGACAUUAAUGACCCAAAUUUGGAUGGCGAUGGUUUUGGCGAUGAAUUUGGACAACCCGCCGUUGGACUUUUCGAAGGUGAUCUAUUUGGAGAGCCAGCGCUACCCGCACCAGCCGAAGCCAGUGUCAAUUUACCCGCCAACGAAGAUAACUCUGAUGAUGAUAUGGAUCAUUUCGACACGGGGGCACCAUCGCCGAUGCCAAGUUCAGUUGGAUCGCGACCGCCAUCAGUGUUGGGACAAGACAAUGUGAGGGCGCCAUCAACGACCACACAACAUCUACAACCGACAUCGCCUCAUCAUGAGCAUCAAGAUGAUAAUGAACAUCUACCCGAACCCGAUCAUGAAUCUGAGCACCCAGAAGAGAAUGGCGUUGAGCAAUCAACCCUUCUGCACAACGAAGAAGAAAGUUUUGCUUUGGCACCGGUCGAUGCAUCAGCAUAUCGCGGUGUAACCAAAGCAAAAAGGAAACGAAAACUCAUUGUUGAUGAAGUUAAGAAUAUAUCUGGGGAAGAGAUGAAAGCUCAAUUGGCGAAUACAUCGGACAUUGUCACAACAUUAGAUUUGGCGCCCCCGACGAAGAGGUGGUUAAUGUACUGGAAGGAAACGGGUGGCGUUGAGAAGUUGUUUUCCCUGCCUUCACGUGAUAUUCCUGCCAGAGGUUUGUUUGCCAACUACCAGCGACACAUUGUUUCACGAGUUGGAGUGUUGGAGGACUUCUCGGUUCUUGGACCAGCCGAUUUGUUGGCAUUAGAUCAAAUUCAACAGGAACAUGAUUCACCAACGACGGCGGCGAGUAAACGUGGACGUAAACGUAAAGGGGCCAUACAAGCAGAAGUUGUUGCAGCGCCUCCCACACUUAUGCCUCCACCUCCACCUGCGCCUGUUCCUGCUGCUGAUGAGACAUUGGCUCAAAGUAGUUUCGGUGAACCAGAUUUGGUGCGAGAUGCUGAACUUAAUCCACGAGUGUCGGCAGUCUCGUUGGAAUUCAACCAAAACGAUUCGCUGAUGCCUCCUCCGCCAACACCAGGUUUCGAUUCACUGCGAAGUCCCAGUCAUAUGUUCCCAAUGCCAGAGCUGAGUGGAUUGGAUCCAAUGACGCCGUUGGGUGGUGUCCCAAUGACGCCUGGCAAUCUGCCACAUGGCAUUGUUGAUAUUCAUGAUGAUUUCCAUCAUAGUGGUUUGACGCCUGCCGAUUUACAUCACGGAGGUAUGACGCCGCAUCAUUCGAGUAUGGAGAAUAUUGAUGCUCUACCCAACCUGCCAGCCGACCAAGUUUCGUCAAUAUUGAACGAUGCUGGUAACAUGCCCGAUAACAUGCCAGAUAAUAUGCCAGAUAAUAUAACUGACAAUAUAGCUGACAACAUGCAUGACAAUUUAGAUUUGGGUGAUUUGACGCUGGUGCCCGGAGCGAAUAAUAAGUCGGCGGAUAUUGCAUCAGAUUGGAAUACAGAUUUUGAAUUUCCACAAGCUGUUGGUGCACAUCAACCUGGUGAUGAGCAAAUGGAAAAUGAAACCGACGAACAGUUCGAGGAGCGUGUGUUGAACAAGAGAGCAGCACAAAUGUUCGUCCAAGUACGCAGUCGUUUACAAAAGAAUGAUACUCUAAUGUUAUCCGAUAUGACACAUAGAAACUCAAGAAAACAGGCUGCACAAAAGUUCUACUCCCUCCUGGUACUUAAGAAAUUCCGUGCUUUAAGCAUCACUCAAUCGGAACCAUAUGCCGAUAUCUUAGUUGAAAAGGGACCCAUGUUUGAUAAUCCAAAACUGUAAAAAAAAGCAAAACAGACACAACCAUUUUUUUGUUUAAUUUUUUUUAGUAAAGUAAGAUUAGAAUUUUAAGGUUUUAGAAAGUAGGAAAACACUUUAACUGUAAGUUGUUACCUAUGAUUAAAAAAAAAUAACAAAAACAAAACUAACGUCACUCGAAUGACACAGUGAAAUUACCUGCAUGAUGAGAUUGUACCAGUAAAAAAAAAGAAAAACAAAAAAAAA